AUGGGCCGAGGGGUGCGCGUGCUUCUGCUGCUGGGCCUUCUGCACUGGGCCGGGGGCGGCGAGGGCAGGAAAACCUGGCGGCGCCGCGGCCAGCAGCCACCCCCGCCGCCGCCCCCGCCGCGGGCCGAGGCGGCCCCGGCAGCCGGGCAACCGGUGGAGAGCUUCCCUCUGGACUUCACGGCCGUGGAGGGCAACAUGGACAGCUUCAUGGCACAGGUCAAGAGCCUGGCUCAGUCCCUGUACCCCUGCUCGGCGCAGCAGCUCAACGAAGACCUGCGCCUGCAUCUCCUGCUCAACACGUCAGUGACCUGCAACGACGGCAGCCCGGCCGGCUACUACCUGAAGGAAUCCAAGGGCAGUCGGCGAUGGCUACUCUUUCUGGAAGGAGGCUGGUACUGCUUCAACCGGGAGAACUGCGACUCCCGAUAUGACACCAUGCGGCGCCUCAUGAGCUCCAAGGACUGGCCCCGCACUCGCACAGGCACGGGGAUCCUGUCCUCCCAGCCAGAGGAGAACCCCCACUGGUGGAAUGCCAACAUGGUCUUCAUCCCCUACUGCUCCAGCGAUGUGUGGAGUGGGGCUUCAUCCAAGUCUGAGAAGAACGAGUACGCCUUCAUGGGCACCCUCAUCAUCCGGGAGGUUGUGCGAGAGCUCCUGGGCAAAGGGCUGAGUGGGGCCAAGGUGCUGCUGCUGGCAGGGAGCAGUGCGGGGGGCACAGGGGUGCUGCUGAACGUGGACCGUGUGGCCGAGCAGCUGGAGGAGCUGGGCUAUCCAGCCAUCCAGGUGCGGGGCCUGGCUGACUCCGGCUGGUUCCUGGAUAACAAGCAGUACCGCCGCACAGACUGCAUCGACACCAUCACCUGCGCGCCCACGGAAGCCAUCCGCCGAGGCAUCAGGUACUGGAAUGGGGUGGUCCCAGAGCGCUGUCGGCGCCAGUUCAAGGAGGGCGAGGAAUGGAACUGCUUCUUCGGCUACAAAGUCUACCCAACUCUGCGCUGCCCGGUGUUCGUGGUACAGUGGCUGUUUGACGAGGCCCAGCUGACUGUGGACAACGUGCACCUCACGGGGCAGCCGGUGCAGGAGGGCCAGUGGCUGUACAUCCAGAACCUGGGCCGCGAGCUGCGCAACACACUCAAGGACGUGCCGGCCAGCUUUGCCCCCGCCUGCCUCUCCCACGAGAUCAUCAUCCGAAGCCACUGGACAGACGUCCAGGUGAAGGGGACCUCGCUGCCCCGGGCGCUGCACUGCUGGGACCGAAGCCUCCACGACAGCCACAAGGCCAGCAAAGCCCCCCUGAAGGGCUGCCCCAUCCACCUGGUGGACAGCUGCCCCUGGCCCCACUGCAACCCCUCGUGCCCCACCAUCCGGGACCAGUUCACGGGGCAGGAGAUGAAUGUGGCCCAGUUCCUGAUGCACAUGGGCUUCGACGUGCAGACGGUGGCACAGCAGCAGGGCCUGGAGCCCAGUAAACUGCUGGGGAUGCUGAGCAGCGGGAGCUAG